GCCAGACACACGUAUCAACUCCGCACUCGAAGUGCCAAACUGCUCCUCUGACAGAACUCGGUGGAAGUGAAGGCUGACAGUUUCUUUCUUUUUUUUUUUUUUAAGUGGGGGUUAUCCUGUUUUUUUUUCAAAUAGUCCCGCUUUUUCUCUUCUUUUGGGGGAUUCCUUUUUUUUUUUUUUUUUUGUUUGUUUUUUUUUCACUGCAUCGUUUUUCUUUUCUUUUUUUUCUUUCUUUCUUUCUUUUUUUCCUUUUUGCUCUCGUGUGACUCUGGGAGAGAUUUACUGCACACGUACUCCGGACAUGUCUUUCCCUCAGCUGGGGUAUCCCCAGUUCCUCAGUGCCUCCCAUGAGGUGUACGGAGGCGAGCGGCCGGGCUCUGCCCGGGAAGGAACCACCGAGGGCGGCAUGAGCUCAUCAGCAACCGCCGCGGCUGUCGGCUCCAUGCUGGGUAUGUACGGGAACCCAUGGGCGGCUCAUAACUACAGUGCCUUUCUGCCGUACAGCGGAGCCACAGACCUGGCCCUCAUAUCCCAGAUGGGCUCUCAGUAUGAACUGAAGGACAGCCCGGGGUCUCACCCAGCUUCUCUACCUGUCCACACUGCCCAAGGCUUCUACCCCUACGGCCAGUAUCCAUACGGGGACCCGUCAAGGGCCAAGACGGCCACAAGGGAGACCACCAGCACCCUAAAGGCCUGGCUGCAGGAACACCAGAAGAACCCUUACCCCACCAAAGGAGAAAAGAUCAUGCUUGCUAUCAUUACAAGAAUGACACUCACACAGGUAUCGACGUGGUUCGCAAACGCCCGCAGACGCCUGAAGAAGGAGAACAAGGUAACCUGGGGCCGCAGCGCCGAGGACCGGGACGGUCGCAUCUUCAGCAGCGACAACGAGGACGAGCACGGAAAGAAUGGCAGCGACGACGAAGAUGAAGAGGAGGAAAUUGAUUUGGAAACUGUCGAUAUCGAGAGACCCGAGGAGCAGCGAGGAGGGGAGCAUGGUUCAGUGAAGGGGGAGGAGGGAGAGGCAGGCCUGUCCUCCACAGAGCAGGCCUCAGAGUCGAAGAGCUCGGAGAGCAGCAGGACGCUUUCUGUGGAGGGCCUGAGAGGAGUGGAGGCGGGAGUUUCUCUCAGUAAAUCGCCUGCUGUCAAGCUUGCUGUGGAUCAUUCGCCCAGCAGGCAGGAGUGCCAGAGACCACCACAAAACAAACCUAAAAUCUGGUCUCUGGCCGAGACCGCCACGGCCCCCGACAGCUCUCACAAAUCUUCCCCCGCGGCCCACGCGCACCAUCCGUCUUUGGCCUCCGCCGGUCACCCGGCCUUACUCCCGGGUCAUGGAAUAUAUACAUGUCAGAUUGGCAAGCUGCACAACUGGGCCAACGCGGCUUUUCUGAAUGCCAACUCUCUUUUGAACAUGAGAUCACUCCUGGCAGGGGCGCCAGCCGGACACCUGCCUGUCCACGGAGCAGUGCCCGUUGCGCGUCGUGACGCGCGACCAGCAGCGGCUGGCACGGGAACGUCGGGGACGGAAGACGACAGCGAUAUAGAGUCGUCAGGAAGCUUCAGUCCAAAAAGAGAUGAUGAAGAGAGCGAUCACAGGCCCGAUUCCCUCAAGUCUCCCUUUCAGAUGAUCACUGACAGACCUCACCAUGGGACAGCAGCACAGCGAGUUCUGACAACAAUAUGAGAAGACAAAAUUAAGAGGAAAAAAGAAAAGAAAGGGAAAGAAAUAAUUUUAUUUAAUGGAGAACAGUUUAAUGAAGGUUAUUUUUUUGGACUGGGUGACCUGUUGUAGUAUUACUGUUUAGCUUCCACACGAAAAAGAGAUGGUUGUUUUUUCGGUCUCUGAAUCUCUUGUAUCUCUUUUAUGUCUUCUGUUUUUUUUCUUUCCUUCUGUUCCUCUGUUGUGAAUGGAAACCUUGAAAAUUGUAAAUACAGGAUAUGAAUUUGUCUUUAAAGAAUAUAUUUUUGGGGAACUAAAUAAAUGUCAUUAUAGCAGUUUAUUAUUGAAGGAUUCCCACCAUCUGUAUUCAAUAAGACGCUGCUCAUUUUCUGCCAAGGAAAAUCGAGGGGAAAAGGUGCAAUGCAGAUGAAGAAGUGACAUAAACUUCAUAAACUAAGCACCCAGUAUUAUCUUUUUUUCCAAGUGGCUGAUUGAAAAUCUUUACAAUAUUAAUUUACGAUAAGUAACCA